AGGAGAGAAUUUAUAUUCUGAAUUUCUCUUCGUCACUGAUAAUGAAUGGGAGCAGCAGAUAUUUCUGAAAGUACAAUAGAUUUCAGAUUUUUAUUUCUUUUACCGAAAUUCGACAAUCACACACGAAGGCCGGGUGUCAAUAACUGGGCCGAAUCAGGCUCCAAAAAGGUUGGGGAAAAUAAUCAAGCAGCAUGAUCCUUAACGCCUCUCCAGCAACUUCAGUCAUCUUCUCCAAACACAAUGAUCCUCCACAAACCAGACCAUCGCCGACCGAGAGCAAGCCAACGGAGGUGCCGCCAUUGGUGCGUUCGUUUUGCGCCAACGAAUCUUGCAUGUGUGGAAGGAGGCGCUUCAUUGAAGCAGCAGCAGCGACAUCUCUGUUCCCGCUAUGUCCUUCAAUGGCUUCUUCCGAUUCAUCUUCUGACUAUACUGCUAUAUUGAACCGGGUUCAUCCUCCCAAGCCAGACUGGUACGAGGAUUUCUACGCGUCAGUUCUGGCUAAUGGCAUGAAACCCUAUGAAGCAGAGAUUGCGGAUUACAAGUCCCAGAUAUUUGCCAAUUUGAGAGGAAAGGCCCAGAAAGUCUUGGAGAUUGGAAUCGGGGCAGGUCCCAAUCUUAAGUGUUACGGGGAUGAAGGUAUGAGGGUUUAUGGUAUGCACCCAAAUAAAAAGAUGGAGAAAUAUGCUCGGGAAGCAGCAUUGAAUGCUGGCCUGCCACCUGAGAAUUUCGAGUUUAAACAAGCUGUCGGGGAGGCUAUACCAUUACCCGAUGCUUCUGUCGAUGCUGUUGUUGGGACACUUGUCUUAUGUUCUGUGAUGAAUGUUGACAUGGCUCUUAAGGAGGUGAAGAGGGUUUUGAGACCCGGUGGACUUUACGUAUUUGUUGAACAUGUGGCUGCAGAAGAAGGAACCGUGCUUCGAUUAAUACAGGAUGUGCUUGAUCCUCUGCAGCAGAUAGUUGCUGAUGGAUGUCACCUUACCCGCAGGACAGGGCAAGAUAUAAGCAAAGCAGGGUUUUCAAACGUUGAUCUACACAUGGCUUCCUUCUCCAAUGCCGCCUUCAUAAAUCCUCAAGUUUAUGGAGUGGCUUAUAGAUGACCAGAAAUGGAACUUCCCAUUUUCACUCAGUAUCCUCUUUCAUUGUCUUCUUCUAUGUUUUUUUUUCCCUCUUCUCUGCAGGCCAAUGAGCCUGAAUAUUCACAUCUUAAGCUUCUGCAAAACCAUUUUUCCUGUUCCAGUUCUUACUUAAGUGCAUAAAAUAUUAACCUUCUUGUUCAUGAUGCA